UGUCCUGGCGAAAGGCUCACCACGUUGUCGACCUAUAAAGACAUCAUGCCAUCGCGUUCCAUUCUUUAGUCAUGGCAGAGUCAACAAUUCCUCAAUACGUUGGAUGAACACGAAAGAAUCGGCAUUUCCUAGUACAAUGCGUUCUCUUCGCUCUUUCCUCCUUUUUGCUAGUAGCAUCGUCAUGGUCGGCUCGUCCGUCGGCGACGCAGGCCUCAUGUCGAGGGUUAACGUCGUAUCCCGUACUUUCCAGCCCGAGGAUGCCGAUGACGGCUUCAGCGGCACCCUCACCAUCAAUCCGAACCUGACCAACGAAUACUUCAAGAAUGAAGUGGGCAUCGACAUCGAGAAGCUACAGCGCCACCCCGAGCUCUUCUCCACAAACUCCAUUGGAAAUUACACGUUUCCGGAGGGGAGCGGCGCCGAGGGCACCUUGUUCUGGAAUUUGACUGGAUACGACGGCACCAACUCCUCGGUCGCGGCAUACGAGCACUUAACCUGUCGCGAGUGUUUAAUAAUAUGUUCAUCAACGUGGCUUAUUCCCUUCGGGUUCAUUAUGUAAGCAUAUACACACUCUCCUCCGUAUUAUAAGCAUAGUGUUCUAGACGCUGAUUUGUGAAACGCAGUUGCGUCGUAUGUAGCGCUAAGAUGCAUUGUAUUACAUAGUGUCACACGGAAGUGUGGAAGUUCUCGAAUAUCCUGGGUUGGCGGAAACGUCUUUUUAUGUUCAAAAGCAUCAUGUCUCCUUUCUUCUCAUGCCAUAUGAGUUCAUAGUUACAUGAUAAAUUUCCCUCGCAACCCCAAGCUGCACGGUUACCUGACUCUUAAGUGUGUAACAGACCUAUCUGUACUGCGUGACAAAGAUCGCCAUGAGUAAUCACGUAUUACCGAGUAGCUAGAAGAUGAAGCGGUCAGUCGGGCAAAGUAGCGAAAAGCUACUAUAUCUUGUGUAUCAUCAAGAUAUCUUGGUGUACAAAGUAGACCUUAUACACUCCUCUCAGACUUAGGCACAAGCUCACCAUUUACGUUUAGUACAUAGGACUCGA